AUGUUUCCUGAGCGAUGUUUAAAAGCUCAGUGUUCGGUCGUAUUUCAUCCUGAAUGUCCGUCAGACUCUCGUCUCGUCAUACUACCGCCACCACCUGGCGAAUGCUGUGGGAGACCAGGAACUUGCCAUUGUGAUCAGCAGAAAUGUGAGGCAUUUGUCCCGAUUUGUGAACAAGGCAUGGAACGAGUAUUGGUAAAAGAGGGUGGUCAUCAGCCUGGAUCAUGUUGUGAUGUUUUUGAAUGCCGAAAGCGAGAACUUCGAUGUGAGUCGGUUCAAUGCCCUUCGCAUGUCUUCGACGAGGACGAAGGCGUUGAUUGUCCGGCAGACAGUGUUCGACCGGCGGAACACGUCCCAAAUGGGCUAUGUUGUCCGGUACGACCAGGAUGUCGCUGUCGAGCAGCCGUAUGUCGUCCAGCGGUAUGUGAUGAGGGCAAGAAGCUGCGUAUCAUCCGGAAGGGCACUGGUACACCUGGACGAUGCUGCGACGAGUGGACUUGUGAUGACGACCCACAGCCUUUGUCAAAAUCCUGCAUACGAGAUGGAAAGACUUACUCAGAUGGAGAGGAAUGGCAUACAUCAUCCUGUGAAGUUUGUCGAUGUAAGAAAGGAGUAGCCGUUUGCAGCAAGAUGACUUGUCCAAAAACGCCUCCUCAAUGCUCGUGGAUCGUUAUCCCAGAUGGAGAAUGCUGUCCAGUUUGUGUUGGAUGCCAAACGGAGAAAUUGGAAAAGAAGAGAAAGAAUGAAACUUGGCAGAAGGAUGAUUGCACCAUGUGCACUUGCUCGGAAGAUGGAACACCCAUAUGCGAAAAACAUAUGUGUCGUACAGAAUGUGAAAACCCUCGUAAAGUAGAAGGACAAUGUUGCCCGGUUUGUGACGAACCACUCCUGCUCACAAUGCCGGUGGCAUGUCCAUCCAUUGAACAUUGUCCUCUACGAUGUGAGGCUGGACUUCAACGUGAUGAACGUGGUUGUUUCCAAUGUGAAUGUGUGCCUACAAAUAGACCAGAGCAAUGUCCGGCACUUUCAACACAGAACUGCGACAAGCAAUGUGCGCAUGGAUAUGCAAAAGAUGCAGCAGGAUGUGUCGUAUGCAAAUGUGCCAAAUGUCCACCAUUACACCAAUGUAUGAAACAUUGCCUUUACGGGUUUGAAUCGAACUCGGUUGGAUGUCCAGUAUGCAAGUGUAGAGGUGAGCGUACUCUACCUUUAUUAACUUGCCUACCUUUCAUUUUACCUCGAUCUUUUACCUGCUAGUA